AUGGCCGCCAUACGGCGAGAGCGGCCCAGGCCUGUAGCCAGGCAGACGUCCCUCCCUGCCUUACUCCCGAGAGCGGUUACUGCCAGCCCCCCGAAUCCGUUCACCUCUCGCUCCAUAUCAGAGAGCGGGGGAAGAGAAUGCGACGAGUCCUUUGACACCUUUGCGUCCAGCAGGCUGAAUUCGCCAAAGGGCUCUCCUACCAAUCACCCUUCAAAUGCAACCUUGUGGCAAGCUCAAGUAAGAAGCACUCCUCCACAUGAGGGUAACACUAUUCCACCCAUUGAGGAGAUGCAGAUGAGUGAAGAAGAAGCAGAGCCUCCACCGUUGCCUCCACGGAGGCCCAUAACAAGACCUUUGGUAAACAAGAGAUCUUCUGACAGCUGGUUGCACAGGGGUCAGGAGCUGGCUGUGCAGAAAGAGGCCUGUCUCCUGUCACAAACGGGCGCAGCUUCCCUGCAGCACACAAGAGAAGGCGGGCACAAGAGAUGCACACCAAGUCCCCACCUGUACCCAAGCCCAGGCAAAGACCUUCUCGUCAGCAGUGACAUGUUGGACUUUCAUACUGAACACUCACAACAUUAUGCCAAUAUUUCUCCAGAGUCUCCAUCUCCAUUCAAGUCUGAAGAUGAGUUCAAGAAGUUUGACUAUGAACCAUUGCGAGAUGAAGAUGAUAGCUGUAAAAUUAUGUUUACUGAGCAGGACUUAUGGCCAGAUGCAACAGAAAACCAUCUAAACCCGAAUGUAAAGGAUUCGACAGACACCAGUCCCACUGUUAGAGAAGACGCCAUUGUAACGAACACUUCACAUUCUGAAAUCAAAGCCUUAUCUUUACCAGUAAUGCUUCUUGAUAGUGAAAUGACUGUUGCCGACCUACUGUAUAUGUCUUCCCCAAAACACUCUAAAUCCGGUCUUAAGACGCUUGACAUUGCAUCAAUUACACCAGACCCAACAAUGGAAUUAUUCUCAAUUCACCCAGAUAAGCCUACCAAGUCCAGAAACAUCCAUUGUGAAUCGCCUCCACUAACCUUGGAAGAUCUAAGUAAAAAUCUAAGUAAUUCUGAUUUUAGUUUUAUUGACUCUGCUUCUGAUGCUUCCCCAUCUCCAUCUGAAAUGAUUACAGUGCAUACCCUCAAAAGUUUAGGUGGCAUUUUUCCUCAACCUCCACAAGUUACUCACAUAGCAUCUUCUGCUCAUGAUAUUCGGUUAUCUGCAGAGGAUAUGUUAACUUUUCAGAAGCCUAGUACUAUAGACGUCAACUCUGCCCUAAAAGCGAAUUUACCAGAAGCCUCGCUUUGUCAAGACAAUUGGCAAGAUGGAGGUUGUGAAUUGAACACAUCAGGCAGAGAUCCUGCAAGCAAUAAGAAGAACAAUAGCAUUUUUACGCCUGACAGUCUUAACAUAGAGCCUGAGUCUGAAGACAUCACUAGAGACACUGUAGAUAUAAAACACACACAAUCUCCACUGAAUAGAAAAGGCAACAUUUCUAAAUCAAAGAUAGACAGUUCAAUAGUAGACCCUUCAUGUCACAUUAGAACUUCUCCAGUUAAUCCACAGAUUGGAAUGCAACAGGAAGUUGUACGCAAUAAACAGGAAGUGAGUCAGCCUCUGGUCAAACGAACCAAGCCUGUCAAUGAGUCUUCACCAAGGGGUGCUAGUUCACACAGAAGUCUCAAGGGAAUGAUACGAGAGCUCUAUGGCAACGGUGGUGCAAAUAGCCCUGGCAAAGGAUUGCGUGAGAGCCCUCUUCACCAAUCACUGUCUCGUGGGCAUGUACUCUCAGAGAGCAUUGAAGUACCCUUCUCAUAUCAACCCACCAAAUCAAUUUUUUCCUCACCUUUGUCACCAGAUAGAGAGACAACGCUCAAGGAGGCUAAAUUAUUUGUUUCCUUGCAACAAACAAACACAAAUAGUUCCACUCAGUCAAUUACAAAAGAAAACUGCUUAACGGAACGUUCCCCAUCCAAACAUGCCGGGACCAUCAGCUUCGAAGACCUCCACGCCAAAGUAGCCCCGAACGUCAGAAGCCCCAUGAGUGCCAGGUUAAGGCCUGGCAUCUCUCUGCAUGCUUCCAAUCCCUCCUCUAUGGCCCCCUCCCUGGUGACUGAAACUAAUGCCCAGGCUGAGCUACUCCCCACCCCCGGCCCCUCCUCCAUACAUCACCCCCCGACCUUGAGACCCAGUACCGGAGCCAAUGCCACCUUGGCUGUGGCCCCCUGCACCUCUUCCUCCUUCUCCUCCUCUACCUCCUCCACCACUGUCCAGCCCCUGGUCGAUGCACGGCACACACUUUUACCUGAGGAGACCCAGCCAGCUAGCAGCCUGCCCCGACAGGAGAGCAGCCCCCACCCAGUGAAGCCCUUGACCACCACAGCCAGUCAGGGGGAGAAGAAAGAGGGCCGGUCAGUUCUAGAGAAGCUCAAGUCUUCCAUCCACUCAGGCCGCGCUGCCAAGCAGACACUGGCUGAGACUGAGAUUGAGGAAUCGUUAACGGACAGCUCUGCCCAGUACGAGCAGCUGACCAAAAUGGAGCUGAUCUCCCUUCUGCUGCAGCAGCAGAUGGAUAUGGAGAACCAGCAGGCGGCCUCAGACCAGCAGGCGGUGCUGCUUAAGAAACACGAGGCGGAGAUGAAGAAGAUCAAGGCGCAGGUGCGCGACCUGGAGGACUACAUCGACAAGCUGCUGGUGCAGAUCAUGGAGCAGACACCCACACUCCUUCAAGUGUGCUCCCAACACAAGUGACCGCUAGUGCUAGUAUAAUAUAGUAUAAUAUAGGGCCAUGGUCACCAUCAAACCCUAGUCCCAGAGAGCUACUAGGUGGAGCAGACUCUUGUUCCAGCUCAGUCCCAGAUUAGGUCUUGGUGGUUAGUUGUUUAGCUGAACCAGGAGUUAUAGUGCAGGGCUGAAACAAAAGCCUACACAUCCAAGUAGUUCUUCCGGACCAGGGUUGGUGAUCACUUCUCCAGAGGCAGGUGUAGUUCAACACAUCCCUAAGCAAAAAGUAAAUCUCACAACCAUCCAGGUUUCACUGCUGAUACCCUGCCUCGUUGAUAAAAGACACAAUAUUGCCCACUGUGCAUGCUUGCUAUAGCUCAAAUGUCAGGCUGCAAGUACUAAUCAGAAACUGUAGUCAUAGCAAAUGUUACUGGUCACUUUACACUUGCUACUUAGUAUAAGGAAAGUGGCACAGCUUUUGUCAAAUGUACUGCAUUAGAAUUAUUAUACAUGUGCAUUGAUGAAGAAUACAGAAAAUGUAAUAUUCAGUGGUAUAAAUUGUUCUUAUUUGAUAUGACAUUGCCUCAAAUUCAGAAAAACAUGUAAGUGUCUGAAUUAGUUUGAUAUGGACCCAAAUUAUCUUCAUCAUGGUAAAUACUGUAAUUAUUUGCCAUAAGACACUGACUCAAAAACAGACCGACUCGAGGAGAAUUCCACUGAAUUUCAGUUUGUUUACAUGGAGAAAGGUGAACUUGAGCUAGUGUCAUAUUUAGUAAAUAAUUAUAUAUUUUUUUUACUAUUCAUGGAUGAAGUGUGUGCAAAGAAUAAAGUGAUAAAUGUU